CAGCUGCUGGUCAACACACUAUCCCCAUUCAUCCUGACACCAGCUUCAUGUCAUUUUGACAGCUUUCACGACGUCAGUUGACAAUUUAAUGGUCUUAUCUCAUGGCUGCGACUUGAGUACUCCAAAUAUAUCUAAUAUAUAUAACGAGAAGCUGCCUUGCGCGAUACGAUUCCGAAUGCUUGCCCAAGCUCUCACGCUUUCAUGUUUGCCCGACCAGCUGCGUACCGCCAGGCGGUGCAGCAAAAAUUCGUUUCACCUCCAGACUACGUAUGGAUAGGUGACGAGUUGCUGAAUAAUGUGUUGCACCGAUUUGUUGGCAUUGGGUGCUCAUGUCGGAAAAGAUAUAGCAGCAAUGUCCCGGGUCCAAUGGAGGCACGAAGGAGGCUGGCGAGGAGACGAAUAGCAAAUAUUGCUGUAGCUAUAGGAUCGUCUCCUGUGGAUUGUCCACCAAUACUUGGCAUGACAGAGUUAUCUGGUCGACAGGGAUGGAAAUGGGAAGCUCCAAGCUUGCCUUCGGCUAGACCAGUUCCUGCGACGCUGGAGAAACAAUCGCCUCUUCCUUCUUGGUUGACCGACUAUAGUCCGCCUGUAAUCGAGCCUACAGCGAAGCCUCGCAAACCGAUUUUAAGAGGCCUUGGGUCUGCUAUAAGAAGCGGAGCGCCACAGCAACGGAAUGAAAUCUUAUUACGGUUUAAGGGCCGCCUUAUUCCUGAUAUGAGGAUAGAAGAGCUGCGACGCAACAUGCAUCAAAUUGACUUUGCUGAAAGACAGAAUCCUGCAUAUAGCCGAUCUAUCUGUGAGAAUUUCUUGUUGACAGCCAGAAGUCAUGAAGAAUUGGAGGAGUUUCUGGGUGAUCAUUAUCUCAACAAUCCUGCUGCAUGCAAUUUGGUGCGCAUUGUAUCUUCUUUGAAUCAGAAGAGUUCUGAUCCAGGAACAUUCACGUUUAUUCUCCGAAUGGCUAAGCAGGCCUUAGUCCAAGGACACAUGAUGGAGAAAGAAGUGAGAGUCUUAUGGAGAGAGAUUCCUGAACAUGUCCGAACUGGCCCGACGGAGCUUGUAGAGUUUUAUCAAUCUUUAUGGGAGAGCAUUGCUACCAGCCCAGUGCUCUUGCCUCAUGAUUUGUCUUCCCAAACAUUCGAUACCAUGCUUGUUCAGCUUUCAAAAUUACCGAUAUCUAGUCUGUCAACGUCCCUUGCCAAGAGCAUUAUCGGGUCCGCUUCGAAGAAGCAGCUGAGGGGCAUUGAAAUGGGCAUCUCUUCCUUUAUGAGCGCAUGGGCAAAACAAUUCGCUACCAAUGCGCAGCAACAGACAUCCUCUAUCCCCGAUAUGUCAGAUUUUUUAAUCACAUUACAAUCCUGUCUCUCCGAAUCAAUUAUAAGUGCGACCACAAGAGCUUUGAAGUCCAGUACUCGAGGCUUUGAAGAACAAAAGACCGACUCUUCAGCAGCUCUAUUUUCGUGGUUAGCGACGUUGCAACACAUCUCUGGAGAUAGAGACGUUUUCCUCCCUGACUACUGCGCUCUCCUUGGGAAAGUCCUCGAUGCGGACAACUUUAAGUCAAUUGCGCCUCACCUGAGUUCCGCCAAUGAGAGACAAAUAUGCACAUUUCUGCUUUCGUACUGGAGCAAAUCAAAAUCAUGGAAAUAUUCUCCCUCAACUGCUCACAUCUUGGAUGACUUUGCAAACUUGCCGCCUUCUUUUCCGAAGGACCAAAUCUACUUUCACCUCAUUUCAACCCUUCACAAGCACAAACGACUCAGCACCGACACUCUCCGGGACCUCUUCCGCAUUUUUCGACUCCUUAAACAACCAGACGCAUUGCGACGAACUGUCCAGCUUCUUGCGCAGAGCGAAAUCUCCAUUGAUCCAAAGUCAAUCGGCGCGGAAAUCCGAUACUGGAGCAAAUCUCAUCCUCGAAUAGCUCUUGACCUCUUCCACUUGCAUUGGAGUCUGCAGCUCGAAGGCUGCAAAGACCUUGCGAUCGCACUUGUCCAUCUCCCUUCUUUCCCCGCUACCAAGAUAUUCAAACUAUUACAUCGAAAUCCAUCUCAUCAACAGACUUCUCUUUUCUCUUCUUCCACUUCUUCAUUAUCCGCCUCUCCAAAAUCAUAUCCACAUUCGUCCCUUUCACCGACUCCUACUCCAACCCUUCCUUCCCUCUCCAAAUCCCGCAUCGCCCUGCUGCACUCCCUCGCCACAGCAUUCGCUCACGCUCCGCAUCUUACUCCGCGCGUCGCCCUCCGCAAUAUUCUCCGCUGCUACACGUACCUACACCGCCACGGCGCUGGCAUGACGCACGAAAUGUCGCGCGCCUUGGCACAUGCCGGCAUCACACGCGCUCUGCAAGAAGGCAAUCACGUGGGCAUGGAGAAGGUGCGCUGGAUCCUGCAAAAAGUAAGGGACCUCGAGGGACAAGAGGUCGCGGAUAAAUUGGACCAUGCCGUCUGGGUGUGGAGAGGGAAAUGUAUUUGGGAACGAAGCAAGUUUCGACGACGAACGGGGUUUGGAUUUUCGGGAGAGGGGAAUUGGCCCGGGGAGGAAGAGGUUCUCGGAAGUAAGCCGUCCUGACUGCUGAAACCAUCCCGAUGACGGAAUACGUUAAAUGAACGAGAUAAAUGAAUGAAUGAACGAAUAAUAAUACUGGUACUACGACCCUGUGUAUAUAAUGUGGUUAUUGUGCUUCAUGCUUCAUACUCCAGGCUUCGGAUUACACGUGAUUCACGAUUCAAUUUUUUGAAGCGGCAGAGAUUCAUGGAGAAAGAGAGGUAGAGAGGGAAGACACAUUAAGGGCACAAAUGUUUACCUUCUAUUGCGAGGUAGGUUAAAAGGAAACAAGGAAAGCUUGUAUGGAAAUUGGAAAUGAAAAAUAGAAAAAAGAAGAAAUAAAGUACAGUACAGAC